UGCAGAGCAGAAGGCACGAAAGAGAGAGAGAGAGAGCUGUGAGCUCUGCGAAGAAGACGACUCUCUCUCUCUCUACCCCCCCUCUCUCUCUCUAGAAUCUCGUCUCGAGUCUCGAGUAAUCCUCCAUCGCUGUCCAGGCCGAAGCUCGAUCAAUCGAAGCAGCGGCAGCGUGCUCGCGCUUCGCUCGGCUCGAGCUGUGUCUCGCACAGUACAGUAGGUCGUCGAGCAUUGCCCGUCGCGGCCUGUCCGGAAACCCUAGACCGAGGUCGCCUUCCGCUGUUCCGCCGCCGUCGCCGCCGCCGCCGCCGCGAUUUUUGAUGUCCGAAUCGUGUCCCCUCUGUUCCCUCUUGUUCUGGGAUUUGCUUGUCCAUGAUACUCUCCUCCUGAGAUGAGUGAAAGGCGAGCUAUGCAGCCCUGUGGAUUGAUCUCAUAAGCAGUGGGUUUUUGCAAGUUUAUUUGGGGUUUAAGAUCAUCAGAAAGUUUUAAUGGAUCAUUCACGUUUAGCCUCCGGCAAUGCGGAGGACAAUGUUGGUAUCCCUGAUGACAUGCGAUGCAAGAGGUCUGAUGGGAAGCAAUGGAGAUGCAACGCAAUGUGCAUGCCAGAUAAAACAGUGUGUGAGAAGCAUUAUUAUCAGGCAAAGAAGAGGGCUGCUAAUUCCGCUUUAAGAGCUAGUAUGAAGAAGGCCAAAAGGAAAUCAAUAGCUGAAAGUGAUAUAUACUUGGAAAGCAAGAAUGAUGAUUUUGACAUGCCAUUGAUAAACAUGAAAACUGCAGAUCAUCCUCUUCCGACUUCAGGGAAGAAAAGUAAGAAUAAGGUGUCUAAGAAUCGGGUUCAGCAUUCGCCAGAAACAACUCCUCCGCGGAGCUCCUCCCGCAAUUUCAGAAGGUCUGUGGAUAAUUCACAAAGAGAGUUGACAGAAUUUGAAGAGAAUUGGAGGCCUUAUAAGACACCGACAGGGAAUUCGUCCAGGAACAGGUCACAAAGGAGCUAUGAUACUAGUCCUAUGACGGAAUACUCUGAAAGAAGCACGGAUUCCUCUGAAGAUACAGGUGGACAUAUCUGCCAUCACUGCCGGAGGAAUUCCAGAGACAAAGUUAUUUGGUGCCUGAAAUGCGAUCGGCGGGGUUACUGUGACAGUUGUAUAUCUCAAUGGUACUCAGACAUUUCUUUGGAAGAUCUUCAGAAGGCUUGUCCUGCAUGUCGUGGUGCUUGUAGUUGCAAGGUGUGCUUGCGUGGAGAGCAUCUGAUAAAGAUGAGAAUACGGGAGAUUCCUGUCCUAGAUAAGUUGCAGUAUCUUUACUGCCUUUUGUCUGCUGUGCUUCCUGUAAUUCGUCAGAUCCAUUAUGAACAGUGCUCUGAGAUUGAAUUGGAGAAAAGGUUGCGGGGGCCUGACAUAGAUCUUCCCAGGGUUAAAUUGAGUGCAGAUGAGCAAAUGUGCUGCAAUAUAUGUAGGAUUCCCAUUGUUGAUUACCACAGGCACUGCACAAAUUGUCCGUUUGAUAUGUGUCUUCAUUGCUGUCAAGAUCUUCGUGAAGCAUCCAGAGACAGAGUAAGAGAAACAUCAGCGGAUGAUCAGAUUGGUGGGAGUACUCAGGACAAAGAAUCUGUAGAUUAUGUAAAAGGACCCAAAGUAAGAUUAAAGUUUACAGAUAAUUUUCCUGAUUGGCGAGCUGGCAGUGAUGAUAGUAUUCCAUGCCCCCCUAAGAAGUACGGUGGCUGUGGUUAUCCUUCUCUAAAUCUAACGCGCAUUUUCAAGAUGAACUGGGUUGCAAAGCUUGUUAAAAAUGUGGAAGAAUUGGUCAGUGGCUGCAAAGUUAAUAAUUCUGCCAAUCAGCAAAAUGAUGGGUCGAGCCAGUCCAAUUUCGGCCAGGAAGCUUCCAUUCCUAUAAAGGAGGGUAAAAAGGGUAGCUUGUAUUGCCCCACAUCUCAUGAUAUUAGAGCACAAGGGAUCAGUGAGUUCAGAAAACACUGGUUUAAGGGUGAACCUGUCCUUGUUAAGCAGGUUUGGGACCAUUCAUGCAUUUCAAGCUGGGAUCCUGUUCUCAUCAGGAGGGGGAUCCAGGAUAUGGCUGAUGAGAAAAUGAAAUAUGAGAACAAAAAAGUGAGGGCUGUAGACUGCUUGAAAUCUUCAGAGAUUGAUAUUGAUCUUGAUCAAUUUAUCAAGGGAUACUCGGAGGGACAUAUUCACGAGAAUGGAUUGCCAAAAAUGUUGAGAUUGAAGGAUUGGCCUUCUCCUGGUGCUUCUGAAGAAUUUUUGUUGUAUCAGAGGACAGAAUUUAUCAGCAAACUGCCUUUGCUUGAAUACAUUCAUUCUAAGUGGGGAAUUCUUAACCUGGCAGCGAAAGUGCCUCACUACUCCCUGCAAAAUGAUGUAGGCCCUAAAAUUUAUAUUUCUUAUGGGACUAAAGAGGAACUUGGUAAAGGUGAUUCAGUGACCAACCUGCAUUUCAACAUGCGUGACCUGGUAUAUCUGCUGGCACAUACAUGUGAAAUGAAGUGUAAGAGUUGGGAUAAGACAAAAUUAGGGAAGAAUCGGAGGUCAACUGGGCAAUCUAUCCUGAAACAGAUGCAUGGGAAUCUAGAUUCAGGUGUGGAUGGAAGACAUUUACCUGAUCAACAUGCCGGGAGAUACAAUAUUCUAGAAGAUCAUGGUGCCCAUUUGGCUACAAAUGCCGACGGGAGAAUUGAGGAUCAAGAGAUGGGAAUGCCCUCUUUGGUGGAAGAGAAAAAUGCCAAUCUAGAACUCUUGAAUAGAGAUGAUGAAGGUGGCUGUGGUGAUAAUACUUCUGGUGUCCAUUGGGACAUAUUCCAGAGGCAGGAUGUACCCAAAUUAAUAAACUAUAUGCAGAAACAUUGGAAGGAGUUGGGGAUGCCAGGGAGUUUAGAUGAUAUAGCGACCUAUCCUCUUUUUGACGAUGUGAUAUUCCUUGACAUGCAGCACAUGAGAAAAUUGAGAGAAGAGUUUGGAGUGGAGCCUUGGUCAUUUGUACAGCAUCUAGGACAAGCUGUUUUUGUCCCAGCUGGAUGCCCUUUCCAGUUGAGAAAUCUCCAGUCUAAUGUACAGCUAGGCCUGGAUUUCGUGUCUCCUGAAAGCUUGGGAGAAGCUCUCAGACUAGCUGAAGAAAUUCGCUGUCUUCCAAAUGAUCAUGAAUCAAAACUUCAGAUUCUGGAGGUUGGAAAAAUAUCGUUAUAUGCAGCAAGUUCAGCUAUCAAAGAAGUCCAAAAGUUGGUUCUUGAUCCAAAAUUCGGGGCAGAGCUUGGGUUUGAGGAUCCUAAUCUUACAUCAGAGGUGUCAGCAAACUUGGAGAAGAUAACUAAGCGAAAGCAGGUUGCGUGUUCUUAAAUCUUGUACAGCACUUGUUUGUACAGAUAAUCAUAUUUUGGCAUUCAAAGGGGAGCUAUUUUUGCUUGGUUAAAUUGUACCAUAUGUAUUUUAUUGGCAAUAGGGAUUUAUUUGCUUGUUGUAGAUGCUAAACAAGCUUCAUUUCCAUGGAUUGGAUUAUAUGUCGUCGAUUUAAAUGCA